CUUCUAUGUACAAGUUAAACGUAUUUUAGUUCAUAAAUAAAUAAACUAUUAAUUUUAUGUAAAACAUUAAAAUUUAAUGCCAUCAGUGCAUUAAAAACGUAGUUCUCGUAUUUAAUGCCGAUGUAAAAUUUAAUCAAACGCCAUCUACCUUUGAGAGCUGGAACAACAUGCGAAGUUAGCAAGCGAAGGGGCACUGCUGUCGCUGCAGUGACAGCGGUGUAGCAAAAGUAAUUUUUGAGGUUAUGUUAUUAUAGAGUCGGUAACAAUUGUGCAAACAGUGCUGUUUUAAACAUCAUUGUGUAUAUUUACUAAUAAAAAUCAUGGGUGAACCGAUUGUGGAAAUUGAACAGGGUAAAAUAAAGGGGAAGGUGCUGAAGAAUUUCGAUAACUUCGAAUAUUGUAGUUUCAAGGGAAUUCCUUACGCGAAGCCGCCUGUUGGCGACCUGAGAUUCUCUGUACCACAACCACCGGAUUCCUGGGAAGGCAUAAGAGAUGGGUCCAAAGACUGUAACACAUGCGCACAGUUCGACAAAGAGAUAGGGGUUAAGGGUCAUGAAGAUUGCUUGUACUUAAAUGUCUAUACGCCCAAAUGUUUCGCUGACGGCGAUAAAAAAUACCCUGUCAUGGUCUUCCUUCAUGGCGGCGGCUUUCUAUACGGCAAUGGAACCGACGAUACAGCGCACGGGCCUGAUUACCUAAUUCAAAAUGAAGUUGUCAUUGUUAGUAUCAACUACCGUCUAGGGAUACUCGGUUUCCUAUCGCUGGACCGAAAAGAGGCUCCUGGUAACAUGGGGUUGAGAGACCAAGUUGAAGCACUAAAAUGGGUGCAGAAAAAUAUUUCAAACUUUGGUGGAGAUCCUAAAAGUGUUACUAUUUUGUCGGGGUCUUCGUUAUUGCACUGGGCUCAUAAGAUAAACAUAAAAGAACUUGCUUACAAGAUACCGACUCUGCAAGGUAAAGUAAUUACCGACGACGAUCAACUUUUGAAAUAUUUAAAAGACAUGCCUACAAAUGAAUUGAUCAUGGCGUCUAUGCUUGUUUUGUCAACGGAAAAAGCACGAGGAGGUCUUCAUUUUGGUUUCGUACCUACAGUAGAGAAGCCUGGCGAUUGGGAACCGUUUUUAAGUACGCCGCCCUAUGAAUUGUUAGCUAGAGGUGAAUUUCAUAAAGUACCAUACAUGUCGGGAUUUUGUUCUCGAGAAGGGCUGCUAAUGAUUUCGCACAACAAACCAACUUUGGACAAAUUCGUAGAGGAGAAAGUUUUCGUGGAUUAUUUACCGUUUGAGCUUGAUGUCUCGGAAAAAAUAGACACGGAAUUGAAACUAAAGAAGAAUUAUCUGGAGGCGGAGAAAAUUUACCAAGACGAAGAUGAAUACGCAAUAGAUUUCUUUUCCGAUGUCGACUUUAUCGCUGGUAUUUACGUGUCUGCUAAAUUAAUUUCUAAACACAAUGCGCCCGUCUUUUUCUACGAAUUUGCCUAUGAUGGAAACUUGAAUUAUCUUAAAAAAUGCUACAAUAUCGAUAGGCUGGGGGCGUGUCACGGAGACGAUGGCGGGUAUAUUGUAAAGAGCGAUAAAUUGGAUGGACCCAUCACCGAGACAGACAUAGCUGUCCGGGAUUCUAUGAAUCAAAUGUGGACGAACUUUGCACGUUACGGAGAUCCCACUCCGAGUGUCGACACUUCGCUGUCCACGAAGUGGGAGCCUAUCGCUGACACAGGAUUGGCCUGCCUGGUGAUAGACAAAGAGUUGACAAUGAAAUACGAAGUCUACCCACAAAGGAUGAAAGUCUUUCAAGAACUCUAUGAAAAGAAACGUACAACUUGCAACUAAAUCAGUAAUUUUGGAACCGAAUUCGUAAACUUUUGUUAUGUAGCUUCUUCAUAAGUAUAAAAUACAUCUUCUAAAGUUGUUAUAUUCUUAUAAAUAAAUUUAUGAAUGUGGAUUCGAUAUCCGUGUACUUUUUAUACAAAAGCCUUUCAGUAAUCGUUUGUAAUGACGAAGUUUUUAGUAGAAAUUCCUGUCAAUAGAAUGUAAUAUUUGCUAUUGCUAUUUGAAGAGAAAGAA